AGUCAAGGGAAGUUGAGAAAUCUCGUCGGUCGUCGAAAAAAUGAUUUGCAAUGUCUUUUGACACUAUUAAACAAGUUUUUACAUCGCGAUCGGGUCCUUAAUUCUCUUUUUAGCACUUUUUGUUGUUUCGCGUGAAAUGUUUACCAGUUAUUGAUAAAAGUAACCCCUUGUAUCAAUCAUGUUUUUCCAGAUUAAUGUUACUCCCAAAGAGAAAAAGGCUUCCGAGCCUUCUGUUGAGCAUGUUAAACCAACCAAAGAUUUUGAUUUGGUUCUUGCUCCAUUUCAACCACAAACUCGAAUUAGUAUGGAAACUCCUGUAAAUACCGAAACAGAAAGUUUUUUACACGUAAAAAAUACUAACAACCGCAUUCUAAAGGUAACCAUAACAAAGAGGCCACCCCAAGAACGAAAUGUCGACAUAAGUUUCACAAGUGCAACCAUCGAAGCCAACGCCAGUAUCACUUUAGAAAUAAUUUGGUCUCCCAGAGAACCCGGUUCCUGGCGCGAUGUUCUUCAAUUAACCGACAGUCGUCGUGUUAAAUACGACAUCCCUCUGGUGAUGCAGGCUUCAGAUCCUCGAAAAAAUCAUCUCAAAUCUCGACCAAAGGUCAGAAAACCUCUCAUUUCUACAUCCAAUACUACCCAAUCAUCGUAUCCCUCCAGGAAUGCUCUCCCCCUUAAAAAAGAAUCUGGCCCCGUUAAACAGAAUAUGCAGCCCAGAAGUAAAAGAUCAAGAGUUGAUUGCUUUCUCGAUGAACCCGACAAAGAAAAUAGAUCCAGAAACACCGAGCGCGAUCGUUUUACCGAAUCCGCAACAACUAAAAAGCAGAGAAAAGAAACUUUCAUCACCUCUUCGGUUACUUCCACAAUUCACUCCGGCACUUUUAGGCUAACUCCCGUGCAAUUUAAAUCUGAAUCGAGACAAGCAAUGUCAGAGACUCAAGUGCUAGACUACAAUUUCUCUGCCCAAGAAGACAGUUUUCUUAUAAUGCAAGAACGAAUUGAAACAAAAACUCUACGAAGAGAAACUUACGUUACGACACCGAAAUAUCGACAGAAUUUGAUCAAGAUUGAUGAAAACGAGGAAGAGAGAGAUGAGUUCGAUGAUUCCCUAUCACCUCGUAAACCACUUAAACCAAAAGAGCUCUCGGAUUUUUCUUUAUUAAUGGAUAACAUUAAUUUUACUCCUACAAAUCCCGUGACUCCACAUAAAUCGUGCGAAUUCUCUCCGCGAGAAUGUUCAACUGGAAAUAAAUCCGACGGCAGCGGAAUGAUAGAUUCAGUGGCUUUAACAGGGGAUUCGAACUCCACCUUUGAGAUCAGCGACAAUAAACUCGAACAGGAAAUAGUACCUGAAAAAAAGGUUUGUAUUCCAUUCUCUCCCCCACGAAGAAAACACCUAACUUUCCUGAAACCGACUCGCCUUGCUCAGAAUUUCGAACUCCUAACGCCAAUAACUCCAGCCCCACAACGUAAAAUAGAAUUCGCUUCCUCAUCUCUUCUUUCUGUGGAUUGCUCGAAUCUAGAAACUCCCAGAAGAUUCAACACAUCUUAUAGAGAUUUGGAUUCAAGUACUGCCAAAGAAGUUCUCGAAGCUGACAUGUGGGUCAAGCCACAGAAUAUUUUCCCCGUAAGACGAGUAAUUGCAGAAAAAACACCCCAAUUUAAAGAGGAGAGGAAAGAACUACCAAAUGGUGGGAAAACCUUCGAAUUAAAUGAUUCAAAAAGCCUUCUUUUAGAAAUUUCUCCUCCGAAAGCUCGCAAACAUAAAUUAUCUCCACCUAAAUAUUUCAAACCUGCAGAAAAAAUCAAAAAAAUCUCUCCAACGAAGAACGGAAGAAUAAUAAAAAACCAUGAACCUGUAAAAAGGAAACAACAGCUCAGCAAGUCUAUCAGAAACACUAGCGUUUCGAUUCCAGGAGUGAGAAUCGCAAACCUUUCCCUUGCAGGAAUAACUAGGAAUAAAGCAAGCCAAUCUUUGAAAACUAAGAAGGAAACGAGCGUGAAGCUUCAUGACCCUAAUGAUUUUGUCAUGAAGUUUUGCAAUCCAGAUCCCUUUGCUGCAACAACCACCGAGGAUCCUUUCCUUUCUAGUACCUUGUACUACGAUGACCAUUGGGUCUUCCUUCAGGAAGUUGAAUUCAAAAAAUGGCUCAAUGCCUUGAUGACUCCACCAGAACAUUUAAACACUGACGUGGACACCGCCUGUGUGGAUAUUGGAAAGGUCUGGCAAUCUUGCCGAUUGAAGGAAGAUGUAGUUCUCGCGGAAUCUAAAGAAUCAAUUUCGGCUCGUUAUCAUACAAAUACGAGAUUAAAUACUUUAAGGAAAGCAGCCUGCCUGAUGUUCCGGAAUUCGGAAGUGGCAAAUGCCCUCUCGAGAGCGACUGUCUGCGUAGAAAAGGGAAUCCUCGUCAUCAGGCAAGACCGAGAUCUUCACCGAGACAUCGGCCUGCAGAAGGAAAUCCUUGAACUCUUUCUCAGCUACAAUCCCCUCUGGUUAAGGAUUGGUUUGGAAGCCGUCUUUGGAGAAACGAUUCCCCUGCAAUCAAACAAUGACUUGAUAGGAUUAACCAGAUUCCUCCUCUCGAGAUUCUUCUCCGAUCCGUUUAUCUUGAAACAACACUCACAUCCUACAGUUGUUGGCAUGAAGCUGCCGACCUUUACUGCGACCAUGAACAAGUUCAUGCUAAAAAAGUUCCUCCUCGUCGUUUACUUUCUCGACUACGCGAAGACAAACAAACUAAUUGGCCAUGAUCCAUGCCUUUUCUACAAAAAGGCCCCGCACAAAGACAGUCGAUCGAUUCUUCUGACAUUCUCGAGAGAAGUUCUAAGUGGAAUCGGAGAUAUUACGAAAGUUCUGAGAUCUCAUGGAUACGUCGUGACGCACAAGCAAACUUACUUGGACGAGUUUGAUUAUGCGGUCCAGGAUAUGAGCUCAGAUUUGAGAGACGGAGUGAGACUUUGCAGGGCGAUGGAGUUGAUCACUGGAAAAAGGGAUUUAACUUGUCACUGCAGAGUUCCUGCGAUUUCGAGGUUGCAGAAGGUUCAUAAUGUCAAUAUUGCUCUGACGGCUUUGCUCAAUUCAGGUUACGUUCUGACUGGAGACAUUGACGCUAAGAGUAUAUGUGACGGACAUAGAGAAAAAACGCUGUCCCUACUUUGGCAAAUUAUUUACAAAUUCCAAGCUCCAAGAUUCGAAAAGGCAGCCUCUUGUAUCCAAACUUGGUGGCGUUCGAAACUCUGGUACGUCCGUGUGAAGAACUUGUUGAAGAAACGUAGAAAUAAUGCAGCUUGUGUUAUUCAAAGAGCCUGGAGGUGUUACUUGGCGAAGAAGAAAUUGAAUCAGCUAAGGGUAGAGUACGAAAAGAAUCUGGAGUUAAGAAACAAAGCUGCUCGAGUUAUUCAGGUGAACUGGAAAUUCCACAGAGAGGGAAUUAGACAAAAAUGUAAAUAUCUCGAGACUAAAGAGGCGAGUAGGAAGAUUCAGAGAUGGUGGAGAAGAAUUCGAGAGACAAAGCCUUUUGUUGAAACCUUUAGAAAGAAACGCGAGCUUGUGAUUCUGGUGCAAAGAGUUUGGAAAAGCAAGAAGCUGAUGGAGAAAGACCUAGCACAGUAUCAGAAAUUGAGAGAAGUAGUUUCCAAAAUCCAGGGUAGAAGGAGAGCGACACUUCUGGGAAGAUCAAAACGAGAGGAGUUUGAAAGAUUGAAAAAGUCGGUUUUGAUUAUUCAGAGAAGGUGGAGGGCUUUGAAGUUGAUGAAGAAGGAAAGAGAAUCUUAUGAACAGGUUCUUGUCGCUGCUCGAGUACUUCAAAAUUGGUGGAGGCGUGUCUUGCUUUUGAAAAAAAAUCGGAAUCAUUUCCUCUUAAUGAAAUACGCAGUCAAGGUCUUCGAAAAAAGAUGGAUUGAGAAGAAGACAAUUGGCGAGGAGAGGAAGGAUUACCUCAAGACAAGAAAUAGUGCGAUUGUUAUUCAGAGAACAUGGAGAAGAUACAGAGAAACUAGAGGAGAAGUUUCCCGCCUUCGGGUUUGCAAAAAGUCUGCUAUUAAAGUCCAAUCAUGGUGGAGGUCGGUUGUGAUUCUUCGGCAGUAUAGAAUAACGAGAAGCAGUUGUUUGAAGAUCCAAAUCUGGUGGAGAUCUCUGCUGUUAUCUAAAGCUUGCCAAUCGGAGUAUUUAAAAAAGAAAAAUGCGGCUCUGGUUAUACAGAAAAACUGGAGAAUGACAAGAACAAAGAGGGAAUAUUGGCAGAUGAAGUCCGCAGUUUUAUGUAUUGAAUCAUGGUACGAAAAUAUUCUCAUUUCAAGAUCAGUUCGAGAGGAAUUCUUGAGAAAGAAGAACUCUGUAAAGAAGAUUGAAAAUUGGUGCUCGAAUCUAAAAACUGCAAAACUCGAGCGCGAGAAAUACCUAGAAUUAAAAAGAAGAGUCGUGUAUGUUCAAAGAAUAUGGAGGGGGAAUAAAUUAUCUCAGAGAACACAACAAAGUUACUUGGAAAUGAAAUCGAGUGCUGUGAAGAUACAAUCUUGGUUUAGGAUGGUGGUACAAAAACAGAAAUAUGCAAAUAUAUUGAAAAGACAAAAAGCAGCGAAGGUUAUUCAGGAAAGAUGGAGAUCAACUGUAGCGAAACGUAACGCUCAAGCUCUUUAUAAGAAAGUUCGAGAAGCUGUUUUACUUUUGCAAACAAGGUGGAGAGCUGCGAAACUUGCGAGGGUGAAGAAAAGCGAGUUUUUGGAAAUGAAGGAGAAAGUCAUCAAGAUUCAGAAAAACUGGAGAUGCCACGCAGCGAGAAAAGCUUUCGAGAGGAAAAGAAAGGCAGCGAUUGAGAUACAGAAUUGGUGGAGACAUAAAAUUUCUGGAAUGAAAACACGAGCUGAAUAUCUUAGAUUGAGGCAUCUAACGAUUUGUCUUCAAGGACGUGUGAGAAGAAAUCAGCUCACCUUGAAGACGAGCGAAAAUUAUUUAAGAUUGCGAGAUGCUGCAAUAAAGAUUCAACGAAGGUGGAGAGCAGAGAGAAUUGGUAGAGAAGUGAGGAAGGAGUUUGUUGAGUACAGAAGAGUUGUGGUUUUUAUGCAAUCUAAAUGGAGAAUGAAGACCGAAUUGAGAACAUACGAGAAGAUUAGAGAAGCAGUUUUAAAGAUACAGUCAUUCUGGAGAGCAGAGCUUUUGGGAAGAAAAACGAGAAUGAAUUAUUUGACUCAGAAAUCAGCAGCGUUGGGGAUUCAACGUCGAUGGAGGGAAGUGAGACUCGGAAAUAAAAUCAGGCAACAAUUCCUCAAGUAUCGCCGAUCGGUGAUAGUUUUUCAAUCGAGCUGGAGGAUGAUAAUGGCAGUGAGGAAAUAUAAGAAAUUAAAGAUGGUUUGCUUGGUGAUCCAAUCAGUUUGGACAGCGAAGAUUGAAGGAAGAAAAACGAGAGAGCACUUCUUGGGUCUAAAAUAUGCAGCUCUUCUUCUCCAGAGACGCUUCAGGGCUAAUAAACUUCGUAAAAUUGAAAUGGAGAAGUACACGAUUUUAAGAAAAAGGGUAGUUUUUAUUCAGGGAAAAUGGCGAGCGCAACUUAUAGCUCGAGAAUGCAGAGAAGAAUUCGCUCGCCGUAAAACGGCUGCGGUGAAAAUUCAAAAUUGGUGGAGAUCGAUUUUGAUAAUGCAAAAGUGCAGAAAUGAUUAUCUGGAAAGGAAAAGUGUUGUCGUCAAACUUCAGAGAAGAUAUCGAGGGAAUGUAAUUGCGACAGAAGUCAGAAAGGAAUAUGAAAAAUUGAAGGAGACAGCUUUGAAAGUGCAAGCGUGCUGGAGAACUGUUUUGGCGAGAAGAAGAUUGAAGGAACUUUUAAUUCGUCGGAAGGAGGCAGUAGUUUUGAUUGAAAAUUGGUGGCUGGAAGUCUUGAGGAUGAAAGAGAUUAUGAUGGAGAGAAGAAGAGAAAUGAGAAGGAUUAACAAUGCUGCAGUUAAGAUUCAAGCUGCUUGGAGAGGAUAUAAAGUUAGACAGGCUGAAUGUGCAAGAAUGGCGGAAUUGAGAGAAAGGACUGAACAAGCUGCAAGAAGAGCGAUACCGGCACAUACUUUGGCGAAUAGAUUGCAGGAAGCGAUUAAUGUAUUCCUUUUUUCCAAUGACCUUGGUCGACUGUCGAUGUGCCUCUCUUCUUUAGACGUUAUAACACGCUUAUCACCAAAUGGUUGCCUCACAGUCUGCAAAGUUGGUUUGGUGGACAAAAUCUACAUGACGUUAGUUAAAUCAAAUAGAUCUGUACCAUGGUUUGAUGCGUGUACACGAGCAACCAGCGUUUUGAUAACGCUGGCAAAAUAUCCUCCUACGAAGGCAUUCAUAUUGAAGGAGGAGUACAUCGAAACCAUGGCAAGACUCUUGAAUGUAACAGUGGAAAAGGAACCCAAGCUCUUCCUUCAUCUUGCUACUUUAAUGUACGUGCUAGUUGACGAUCCUGACUACGCGAAGGCAGUAUUACAAGACUCGCGUACCGUCUGGUUACUCAACUCUCUCUACGACACAAUAACUCGAAAGAAACACAAAAUCCCGGCAGUUAAUCCAAAAACAAAGGAAGAAGAAAUGCCAAGUCCGAAACCGGACUGGGGACUCAGGCAAAAGCAGCCUCGCCUUUUCUCCAAUGUUCUUCACGCUACUAAGUCUAUCUUGCGAAAACUUGGUGAAUACCAAGAUUAAGCAGUCGCCUGGUCAAAUUGAAAAUAUUACAAAGAUGAGAAAACGAUGCGGCCUUAAUGCAUUAUUUAAAUAUCGACGUUUCUUGUCUGAUGAAAUAUAUGCCAUUGUAUUUAGUGAUUUGAAAAGUAGUUUGUAAUUCUAAAAAGAAAACAGGUAGUUACUGUACUCUAGUUUUUGAUAAGAGCCAUUUAUUAAGUAUUAGUCUCUUAAUAAGCAUUUUUUAAAUUUGUAUUAUCUUCUUUAUAGUUUUAUUAUUUACGACUUUCACUCUUGUGCUAAUCAAACAAUUUUGCCUGAGAGAGCGCUUAAAUAUAAUUGUGAAUACCUAGUAGAUAAUUUGGGAAAUACCGAGGUAUAUGUGUAUAGGAUAUAGGAUAUUUUUGUUUUGAAAUUAUGAAUAAAAGAUUGCGGUAUGCUAAA